GGGAGCCGCCGAUUGUCGCAUUUCCGCUGCCAUUGUGCGCAAGAGACAGUAAAUAACACUGAAGCUUCACUCAAAACACGACUUCUGCUGAGGUGAGCGUGUGUCAGAAUGGCCCGUACGAAGCAGACCGCCCGUAAAUCCACCGGAGGAAAAGCUCCUCGUAAGCAGCUGGCGACUAAAGCGGCCCGUAAGAGUGCGCCCUCUACUGGAGGAGUCAAGAAGCCCCAUCGCUACAGGCCCGGGACCGUGGCUCUGCGUGAGAUCCGCCGCUACCAGAAGUCCACCGAGCUGCUGAUCCGCAAGCUUCCCUUCCAGCGUCUGGUGCGUGAGAUCGCUCAGGACUUCAAGACCGACCUGCGCUUCCAGAGCGCCGCCAUCGGAGCCCUGCAGGAGGCCAGCGAGGCGUAUCUGGUGGGUCUGUUUGAGGACACAAACCUGUGUGCCAUCCACGCCAAGCGUGUCACCAUCAUGCCCAAAGACAUCCAGCUGGCACGCCGCAUCCGUGGAGAACGAGCCUGAGCGCCUCUCUCUCUCUCCGUGUGUGUCUCUCUCUCUAUCUCUGUCUGUCUCUGUCUCUCUCUCUCUCUCUCUCUGUGUGUGUCUCUCUCUCUAUCUCUGUCUCUCUCUCUCUCUCUCUCUCUCUCUCUCUCUCUCUCUCUCUCUCUCUCUCUCUCUCUGUCUGGUAGUUGUAGAGUUCAGUCCUGGUGGGGUGGGUGGGUGCUGAUAUACGUGGUGUCUGUGUUUUUUAAGGCAGCAGACUAUUAGGGUACUUCCUGUUUGCAUGUACCGGCCUGUGACCGAUCGGCCUCAAACACACACACACACACACACUCAGUCUGUCCAUCGAUCAUGAGUGAAGGUUAAAUAAGGCGGUCAGGGCUGAUGUCUGCGUUCAGGGCUUUACGUCUCUAAUGCAGGGUGCUAGAACAGCCCUGACCCGUCCCAGAAUUCCCUGCACCGUCCGUCACGAGCACACGUGUGUGUGUGUGUGUGUCGAUCAGCACGGCGUUUGUAUACGAGUCCGAGCAUCUCUUCAACAAAUGUUCAUUAUUGCAAUAUUAAGAAUUACUUUUAAUAAUUAUUAAUCUGAUUCUUUUAUUUGAAUGCAUUCAUAUAAGCUUGUUUCACAGAUCUAGAGCAUAUUUUUGAAGGUGGAGCUUCUUAUAAAGACAGUUUUAGAUCACAAAUCGUGUUUAUUUUCUAAAGGAUGAAUUAGUGUUCAGUCUGAAGCGUGUGAAGGGAGGAUUGCUGUUGAGUUUGGUCUUGAUCGGAGAAUCUGGAUUCACACUGAAUAAAUAUGUAUUGGCUUGAUACUGUUUUUGAGUCCUGCCACGUGAUCUUCCUUCAUUAAAGAGCAGUUUUCUACUCUCAUCCCUUCAGCGUCACACGACUCCUCAGGCAGACAUGGAAACAUUAUUAUUAUUAUUAUUAUUGAAUCCUGCUUGAUUUGUUUCUCCUUGAUUCAGCGUUUGACUACAGAACAUUCAGGUGUUUCAUAAACAGAUCUUUGUAAUUUGAAAUUUCUCUUAAUUGCAUAAUAAAUGGAUGUCACACA